CUCAGAAGCUGUGCGAAACUGCGCGCGCCCCGGCGUAAAUCCGGCGGCUGCGUUUCCUCUGGAAAAAGCGUCUUUUGCUCUCUGCCCAUCUUGAUGCUCUCAUCCAGACCGGUGCGAUAGAGAGCAGUUGGAAAAAAAAACCCAACACAUUUUUUUGGAAUAAGAAACGCAUUGCUGUUUUCUGACUUGGAUGAAAGAGACUCCUCUGGAAUUUCCUCAGGAAUGAAACCCUCAAGCCCUGUUACCGGGUGCUUUACCGUUCAAGCCCUCCAGCGUGUAUAAUGUGAGCGACUAUUCCGCACGAGGGAAAUUCAGAGGAGUUUUGUUCUUCUCCAUUCUGGUCCGAGGCAGCAAUAGCAACUCUUAUUCCAAAUAGGUGGGCAGGUGGGCGGUGGUAGAGUUUGUUAGUUCUCCACCUGCGGCAUCCGGACAGCAUGUUGGCACCUCCGUGAACCCAGCCUCGUUCUCUGUUCUCUUUCCUGAGACGUCGGGGACGACACGAGGCCCGCGGCAGGUCUCAGGAGAGAGAAUGUUCCUUGACUUUCACGCCAUCAACCUCAAGCUCUUGAACUCCCGGGAAGUCUGCUUGAGUGCCGAAAGGCUGUGACUACGUUCGCUGCAUCUGAGAAAUCAGAGCGGACUGACUCACAGGGCUCUGUGAGCCAGCGCCACCGAGGCUGCCAAAGCAUGCUGGUGCCAAGCUGUCCCACCGUGCGCCGAGCCAGGCCCGCGCUGAUGCUCAUCACCCUGGGUCUGCUCCUCCACCUCGCCGACGCUCAAACGCCGCCAAAGUUCUUACGAACGCCCAACGACCAAACGGGCGUGCAGGGCGGCGUGGCCUCCUUCAUCUGCCAGGCCACGGGCGACCCUCGGCCUAAGAUUGUGUGGAACAAGAAGGGGAAGAAAGUGAGCAACCAGCGAUUCGAGGUAGUGAUCGAGUUUGACGACGGCUCCGGCUCUGUUUUGCGCAUCCAGCCCCUGCGCACGCCGCGAGACGAGGCCAUCUACGAGUGCGUGGCCUCCAACAGCGUCGGAGAGAUCAGCGCCACUACCCGGCUCACCGUUUUACGUGAGGACCAGUUGCCUCCUGGUUUCCCCACCAUAGACAUGGGCCCGCAGCUAAAAGUGGUGGAGCGAACUCGCACCGCCACCAUGCUCUGCGCCGCCAGCGGCAACCCGGACCCGGAUAUCUCUUGGUUUAAAGACUUUCUCCCCGUCAAUACCACCAACAACAACGGACGUAUCAAACAGCUCAGAUCAGAAUCCUUUGGUGGUACGCCAAUAAGAGGAGCCCUGCAGAUUGAGCAGAGCGAGGAAUCGGACCAGGGAAAGUAUGAGUGUGUGGCCACCAACAACGACGGGACGCGCUACUCGGCGCCGGCUAACCUUUAUGUGCGAGAGCUUCGAGAAGUACGCCGGGUGCCGCCGCGCUUCUCCAUCCCGCCCACCGACAACGAGAUCAUGCCGGGCGGCAGCGUGAACAUCACGUGCGUGGCGGUGGGCUCGCCCAUGCCGUACGUCAAGUGGAUGCUAGGCGCCGAGGACCUGACGCCCGAAGACGACAUGCCUAUCGGGCGCAACGUGCUGGAGCUGACUGACGUGCGCCAGUCGGCCAACUACACGUGCGUGGCCAUGUCUACACUGGGCGUCAUCGAAGCCGUGGCGCAGAUCACCGUCAAAGCGUUGCCCAGGACGCCCGGCGUCCCGGUGGUUACUGAACGCACCGCCACCAGCAUCACUCUGACCUGGGAUUCCGGCAAUCCCGAACCGGUGUCCUACUACAUCAUCCAGCACAAGUCUAAAUACUCGGAGGACUCGUACAAGGAGAUCGACGGCGUGGCGACCACCCGCUACAGCGUGGGCGGCCUCAGCCCCUACUCGGACUAUGAAUUCCGCGUGCUGGCCGUCAACAACAUCGGCAGGGGCCCGCCCAGCGAGAGCGUGGAGGCCAAGACGGCCGAGCAGGCGCCCAGUACGUCGCCGCGACGGGUCCGGGGACAAAUGCUGAGCGCCACCACGGCCGUCAUCAACUGGGAAGAACCGGAGGAAGCCAACGGGCAGAUUAUGGGCUACAGAGUUUACUUUACCAUGGAUUCCGCUCAACACGUUAACAUGUGGGAGAAGCAAAUUGUCCGGGGGGUUAACUUCAUCACCAUCCAAGGCCUCAUCCCCAAUAAAACCUACUACAUUAAGGUGCUGGCUUUCACCUCGGUCGGAGAUGGACCUCUUUCCCCGGAUCUGCAGAUCAUUGCAAAGACGGGAGUUCCUUCCCAACCGACUGACUUCAAGGGCGAGGCCAAGUCGGAAACCAGCAUCCUGUUGUCGUGGGUGGCGCCGGUCCAGACGGGACAAGAGAACCAAAUCACAGGAUACGAUCUCUUGUACAAGAAAAAGGACGAUAAAGACGAGAGGCGAAUCAGCUUUGAGCCCACCUCCACGUACCUCAUGAAGGACUUGAAGCCCUUCACCACGUACGCUUUCCGCCUGGCGGCACGUAGCAGGCACGGCGUGGGCGCGUACACCAGCGAGAUCUCCGCCGAGACCCCGCAAACACACCCUUCUGGCCCGCCUACUGAUGUCAGGUGCUCUAGUCCCACGUCCACGAGCAUCCUGGUAAGUUGGCGGGCGCCCAGGACUGAAUCGCAGAACGGGGUGAUCACGCGGUACAGCAUCCAGUACGCCGCCACGGAAGGAGAGGACACUACCGCGCGACGGAUCGCGGACAUCCCGCCGGAGAGCUCGCAGUAUCUUUUGGAACACUUGGAAAAAUGGACAGUGUACCACGUGACGGUCACCGCGCACACGGAUGCCGGAGCGGGGCCGGAAAGUACGCCGCAACUGGUCCGCACAGAGGAGGACGUUCCUAGCGGGCCACCUCGUAAAGUCGAGGUGGAAGCUGUCAACUCCUCGUCAAUUAAAGUCAUCUGGCGCUCGCCGAUGCCCACCAAGCAACACGGGCAGAUCCGGGGAUACCAGGUGCACUAUGUACGGAUGCUAAACGGGGAGCCCGUGGGACAGCCCGUCAUCAAGGAUAUCCUGAUUGAUGACGCCCAGUGGGAAUUUGAUGAUUCAACCGAUCAUGAAAUGGUCAUCUCAGAACUGCAGGCCGAAACCACGUAUUCCGUCACCGUGGCGGCCUAUACCACAAAGGGCGACGGCGCACGCAGCAAGCCCAAACUGGUUACGACCACAGGUGCAGUUCCCGACAAACCUCGGCUAAUGGUCAGUACCACCAACAUGGGCACGGCUCUCCUCCAGUGGCAUCCCCCAGCGGUCACCCACGGUCCCCUGCAGGGUUACCGCCUCCGCUUCGGCCGCAAAGAUCUAGAACCGCUGACCGUAAUCGAGUUCCCCGAGCGGGACAACCACUACACCACCAGAGAGAUCCACAAGGGCGCCUCGUACACCUUCCGGCUUUCCGCGCGCAACAAGGUGGGCUUCGGAGAAGAGACGGUCAAGGAGGUGACCACGAACGAGGACGUGCCGAGCGGUUACCCUCAGUGGAUUACGGCCGACGCCGCAACCACCAACACCAUUCAGGUCAGCUGGCAAGAGUUGCUCCUGGCCGAGCGAAACGGCUACAUCAUCAAGUACGCUCUGCAGUACAAGGACAUCAACAGUCCACGAAGUCCCUCGGAACUGUUCAUUACCGCUCCUGAAUCUUCCGUGGUCUUGGAUGGCCUUAAGGCGGACACUACUUACGAUAUUAAAAUGUGUGCCUUCACCAGCAAGGGUUCUGGUCCCUAUAGCCCAAGUGUCCAAAUCAGGACACAGCCUUUGGAUCAAGCAGUGUUUGCAAAAAAUUUCCACGUGAGAGCUGCCACCAAGACGUCGGUGCUGCUGACCUGGGAGAUUCCCGACACCUACAACGCGGCUCAGCCGUUCACGAUUCUGUACGACAACGGGCAAAGCGUGGAGGUGGACGGCAAGCUGACGCAAAAGCUGAUCACGGGGCUUCAGCCGGAGACGCAGUACUCCUUCCUGUUGACCAACCGCGGGAACAGCGCCGGCGGUUUGCAGCAUAGAGUCGCGGCCGUGACGGCGCCGGACAUCCUACGCACCAAGCCGUACCCCAUCGGCAAAACUAACUCAGAUGGCAUGGUGACAGUGGAGCUGCCUUUGGUGCAGACGACGGAAAAUGUGAGGGCUUAUUACAUUGUGGUGGUACCUUUGAAAAAGCAGCGCGGUGGCAAGUUCGUCAAACCUUGGGACAACCCUGACGACAUGAACUUAGAAGAGCUGCUGAAGGAGAUAAACCGCACCAGCAGAGGCCUCCGGAUCCGAAGACAGGCGGAGCCCAAGGCGUACAUCGCCGCCUACUUCCGAGACUUGCCCAAAGAAUUCACGCUCGGCGACGGCAAGUUCUACGGCGACUUUGAAAACAAGCAACUGCAAAACGGACAGGAGUACGUCUUCUUCGUGCUGGCCGCUCUGGAGAUAUCCGACAACAUAAUGUACGCCACAAGCCCGUACUCUGACCCGGUGGUGUCGGCCGACAUAGACCCUCAGCCGAUCAUCGACGAGGAGGAGGGUCUCAUCUGGGUGGUGGGUCCAGUCCUCGCGGUCGUCUUCAUCAUAUGCAUCGUCAUUGCCAUUUUGCUGUACAAGAGUAAACCGGACAGGAAACGGGCUGAAUCGGAAGCGAGAAAAGGCAGUCUCCCCAACAGCAAGGAGAUGCCAUUGCACCACCCCACCGACCCCGUCGAGCUUCGCCGCCUCAAUUUCCAGACGCCUGGUCCGCGCUCGUCCGGUCAUCCAAGUAGUCUCCGUUUGUCAAGUAUGGCCAACCACCCGCCAAUCCCAGUCAUGGACCUAGCCGAGCAUUUGGAGCAGUUGAAAGCCAACGACAACCUCAAGUUUUCCCAGGAGUACGAGUCCAUCGACCCCGGGCAGCAGUUCACUUGGGAACACUCCAACUUGGAGGUCAACAAACCAAAGAAUAGAUACGCCAACGUGAUAGCCUACGACCACUCGCGAGUCUUGCUCUCCGCCAUUGACGGCAUCCCGGGAAGCGACUACAUCAAUGCCAACUACGUGGACGGCUACCGGAAGCAAAACGCGUACAUCGCCACGCAGGGAUCGCUACCCGAGACUUUUGGGGAGUUCUGGCGAAUGAUCUGGGAACAGAGGAGUGCCAUUGUUGUCAUGAUGACCAAGUUGGAGGAGCGAUCCAGGGUAAAGUGCGACCAGUACUGGCCCACCAGAGCCACGGAGACGUACGGCCUCAUUCAAGUGACUCUGCUGGACACGGUGGAGUUGGCCACCUACUGCGUCAGGACAUUUGCACUUUUUAAAAACGGCUCCAGCGAGAAGCGGGAGGUCAGGCAGUUCCAGUUCACGGCCUGGCCGGACCACGGGGUGCCGGAACACCCCACGCCGUUCCUGGCCUUCCUUAGACGGGUGAAGGCGUGCAACCCUCCGGAUGCCGGGCCGAUGGUGGUGCACUGCAGCGCCGGCGUGGGUCGCACAGGAUGUUUCAUCGUGAUCGACGCCAUGCUAGAGCGAAUCAAACACGAGAAGACGGUGGACAUCUACGGGCACGUGACGCUAAUGCGUGCCCAGCGCAAUUACAUGGUGCAGACGGAAGACCAGUACGUCUUCAUCCAUGACGCCUUGCUGGAGGCCGUCAACUGCGGCGCCACCGAAGUGCCGGCCCGGAACCUCUACGCUUACAUCCAGAAACUGACGCAAAUAGAGGCCGGAGAGAAUGUCACCGGCAUGGAACUUGAGUUCAAGCGUUUAGCCAACACUAAAGCCCAUACGUCGCGAUUCAUCAGUGCCAAUCUCCCCUGCAACAAGUUCAAGAACCGCCUUGUCAACAUCAUGCCGUACGAGUCCACGCGCGUGUGUCUCCAGCCUAUUCGAGGGGUGGAGGGAUCCGACUACAUCAAUGCCAGUUUCAUCGAUGGCUACAGACAACAGAAGGCCUACAUUGCCACACAGGGACCACUGGCAGAAACCACAGAGGACUUCUGGAGAAUGCUGUGGGAGCACAACUCUACCAUUGUCGUUAUGCUAACCAAGCUCAGAGAAAUGGGCAGGGAAAAAUGUCACCAGUACUGGCCUGCAGAGAGGUCAGCCAGAUACCAGUACUUUGUGGUGGACCCCAUGGCCGAGUACAACAUGCCGCAGUACAUCCUUCGAGAGUUCAAAGUGACGGAUGCCAGAGAUGGGCAAUCGCGGACGGUGCGACAAUUCCAGUUCACAGACUGGCCUGAGCAAGGAGUGCCAAAAUCCGGGGAGGGCUUCAUCGAUUUCAUUGGCCAAGUCCAUAAAACAAAAGAGCAGUUUGGCCAAGAUGGGCCAAUCUCGGUCCACUGUAGCGCUGGCGUCGGUCGGACCGGCGUCUUCAUCACCCUCAGCAUUGCCUUGGAGCGAAUGAGAUACGAGGGCGUCGUGGAUAUCUUUCAGACGGUGAAGAUGUUGCGGACGCAGAGACCGGCCAUGGUGCAGACCGAGGAUCAAUACCAAUUCUGCUACAGAGCUGGAUUAGAGUACCUGGGAAGCUUUGAUCACUAUGCAACGUAAAAGACUCGGCAUCGGAGGGAAUCGCGGAAAAGGGAAGUAAAAAAAAAUAUCCAGUCGCGCCUCUCUUCUGAGCCAUAAAUGACUGCUCCAGAACGUCCUUGCGAAAAAACUCAUUAAGUGUCGGAUGUGCGACAUGAACCCGUUCCAAAAAAAGAAUUCAAAAAAUCCCCGGUGGACCAAGUAUUUUCCCAAUCAAAGCAGAAACUGGCCUUGUGGCCGCAUGAUGGAAUCCGGACCAUUGAAGCACAUCGUUGGAUUUAUUUUUUUUGUGUUGCUUCGAGGAUUUACAAUAUUCUGGAGUGAACGAACCCGGGACGGAACGUGACUCGACCCGGGGGAACGCGUUAUGACGGGCGUCGGAGGAGCGUGGGGAACAUUUGUAAAGAAAAAAAAAAAUCACUUUCAUCGAGAAAACACGGACGUUGACACUGACGUACCCCUCCUACUGUCUCAAUGUUCAUCAUCUAAAGUUCGCGAGGGGAUAUAGAAAAAAAGAUAUAAGGAAUAAAUCAAAUUAUUUUAGUUUUUUAGUACUUUAUUAUACAGCUGAUGUGAUUUUUCUUUGGAAAAACGUGUACAUUUUUUUUUACACACACUCUGAAAGAAGCAUAUUGACAUGUUUUCCUUUACCCAAGCUUUUUGAUUUGUAGGUUUGUAGCACAUGAAUUAAAGGGAGGGAAAUCGGGCUUAAGGUUCAGUCUUUUGCCUCAAUGUAUUAUUUUUGAUCACCUCCCAUCCGAUAAACUGGGGCUUUGUGGAAUCAACAGGGAUGAGCAAAGUAUGAAGUUGCUGCUAUCUAUUACCUUAGUUCUUCCAUGUCGGGAUGAGGAAUCGGUGGUAUCUAUCUGAAUAUAUAACUAUAUAUAUAAGAACGUGAAGUACGGAUCGUUGUCUAAGUAUAAAAUUUGAAAGAAAUCUUCUGGUUGGUGGGGCACGUUGCAGGAAAGUGCUGUUUCACUGAGAGACAGCGAGAACCAAAAGUGGUAUUUGCCAUGAGGUAAAAUUGAUUUUGCCUAGUGGCAUUUUUUUGCCACAUGUGGCAUUUUUUUGCCAUAUGGGAAAAUGGAGUUUGCCAUAUGGCAUUUUUUUUGCUACGUGGCAGAACUGUUUUUGCCAUGCGGCAAAUUUGAUUUUGCCAUUUGGCAUUUUUUUGCCCUGUGGCAAAAUUAAUUUUGCCAUGUUGCAUUUUUUUUUUUUUUUUUUUUUUGCCAUGUGG